GUGGCGUUUAAAAUAAAAGGCGUUCCAACAUGAAUUUUAAAUAAUGUCUUAACAUUGUGUCGUGUACAGGAGGCCAUUUCGUUUGUAAUUAACUCUGACGUAAAUACCAGAUAGAACACGACACGAGGGAAAUACUACUAUAGAAGUCAAGAUUAUAACGUUUUUAAACAAUUACGCAACGCUGCUAAACAGCAAUGGCAUUUUAGUCAUAUUUCUUCUUUUCUGGUGUUCCAUUCAUCAAAUAAAAUAAAGGACGUAUAAUUGAAAUAAAAAAAAGAUGAUUCGAUGUACAGUAUAUGUAUUAUUGCUUCUUUUGAUAGCGAUAAUUAGCGGGAUUUUAACUUCUGAUAUUCGCAACUCAUCUCCUGAGAACUGGCAAUCCCGUAUCGGUAUACUUCUUUCGCCACUAAUCUCGCAAUCAAAAACCCGCGAGAUUGAGAUUUAUUGGAACAACCUAAACAUCCAACCUGGCGAUAAAAUUUCGCUUUACGAGGUACAUCCCCUCGGCUCUUCGAUUGUAGUUUACCAAGUAAUUCCAGAAAGUCCGAAUGGACGCCAAAGGACUGGAAUAUACGCAGAAUAUAUACCUAGCUCGAACCUGUCUUUCGUACAGGAAUGUCUAAAAUACGAGGUGACGUGGUUAACUGAGAAAGGUAUUAAAAUGAAAAACUGUUUGAAAACACAGCCGACCUGGAUGAAAGACAGAAAGCAUAUGCUGGGUAAUUUAACAAUGAGCCAAGUAUUCCUUCCGGGUACCCACGAUUCCGCGUCCUACGAUGAAGAAGCGAAGAGAAUGAAUAUAAUUUCGAAUUUUGCCAUAACACAGGAUACAGAUGUCCUUGGUCAACUGAUACACGGUGUACGAUACCUCGACAUCAGAAUAGGACGUUAUCCACAUACAGACGAAAUUUGGUGGACUAACCAUGGACCAUUCUAUCGUUCAGUUCCUUUAAAGACUGUGAUUGACCAAGUUAAAACGUUUCUCGACAACACCGAAGAAAUUGUGAUAUUCGACAUUCAUGAAUUUCCUAUUGGAUUCGAUAAUAUAUGGGAACAUAGUGAACUGGUGUCGUAUUUGGAAAAUCAAUUUCGGGAUUAUUACCUGAAUCAUGACCAGGGAUGGAGUACCAGCUUGAACGACAUCUGGUCCACAGGAAGGAGAUUGAUAAUCGGUUAUGAAAACUCGUGGAUGAUCCACGAUCAUGGUACUGUGUGGCCUUGUGUGAUACAUCAAUGGGGUAAUGUCAGGACCGUCGAGGAUUUGUAUAAAUAUUUAAAUACAAUUGAAAGCAACAGAGCGAAUAAACUGAGACCAAGGUCAGCGAUGGCAGAGUUGACGGCAAAUAUCAACGCUAUUCUGUUUAAUCCAUUCGGUAGCCUUCGCGAUAUGGCGUACAAGGUUAAUUUGAAUGUUACGAAUUGGUACAGUACCAUUUGGCAGUACAGUGCCAAUAUUGUAGCAGUGGAUUUUGUAAGGGGCAGUGAUAUCGUUGAGGUUGCUAUCAAAUCUAAUGAGAACCGACAUCUGUGUUGUCUAUGAUAGUUAAUUAUUAGUUAAGAGGAAU